UUCCUAACUUAGACUAAUAUAACCAAAAACCGAAAUGGACGUGAAAGCAGCAAAUUUAUCGGAGUCUACCUCAAGUUCUCUCUCAGUAGUACCAAACAUUUCUUUGUGUGUUUCCUGUUCACAAGUUGAGUCAAGAAAGUAUACCAUUUUAUCAAACAGCGGGUUUAAAGGUUCUGCAUUUGAAGUUUGUUGUCAAUUUUACGAUACUGAUUUCUACUGCAAAGAUAACCAUGGUUGUUACGUAUGUCAACAUUGUAAAUGGUCAAUGGAAAGAGCUCUUCAGCUAUAUGCAAAAGCAGACGAUUUGACAAAAAAGAUUAAAUCCAAAUCACAGCAGUUACAAGAAAAAGUAUCAACAAAGAGGUUAUGUUCGGUACUACAAGCACAGUGGAAAAGACACAAAUCAGCUGGGCAACAUGAUCAAUACAAUGUUACAGAUGAUAUAGCAUCCCAUUGUACACCUAAUAUGAACAUGAUGAAAGGGAAGAUCAUUCAACAUGAGAAUGCAGAUAGGAGCAUUGAACAGAGUAGAGAUCAGACAGGGAACCAGAAAGUCAGCAAUAAUUACACAGUUGAAAAUGUUGAUAUUCAGUCAAGUGAAAAUAGUAUAAAGUUCUCGUUCAAAGUAAUGCCACCUUUCAUGCCUGGAGCACAUCAGACAAAUCAGAAGUCAAACGUGGCAUGUCAGACUGACAGCAAGGCACAUGUUACACUUAGUCAAGGAUGUCAAACAGACAAAGGAUUAACUAUUAAUGGAUGUCAAACAAACAAAGGAUUAACUAUUAAUGGAUGUCAAACAAACAAUGCAAUAAAUUAUAUGAAUGAUACUCAAAUCACAAACUAUUUUAAAUCAAGGAAUUGUAGGGGACAAUUGCUUCAUUAUCGUUCAUUAAACAUUAAAAAAUGCCAUUCUCCUGUUGUAAACAUCCUUGCAAAUGGAAGUGCCAAAAAAGCUGUUGAAUCGUUAUUCCACCACGAAGACCAAGGUGUGAGGUUCAAUGUUGUACAAGGUUUAAAACAAGUUGUAAAAAUCCAUUGUAGAAACUAUUGUAAAAAAGAAGAAACGUUUUUGAAAAUGCAACCGGACUCGAAAUCUGUUUUACAAAAAUUUGAUUUUGAGAAAUUAGCGGAUGAACUAAAAAAAGAAGUACCUGUUUUAUGGUCUGUUUUAAAAGCAGCUUCAAACAGUAAAGAGGAUAAUGACAAAUUGAAUGAUGUAAGAAUAUCAAUGGCUGUGGCUAUAAUUCUUCACGCAAAAUGUCAAUCAUUUAAUUUUCUUCAACAAAUUCUAGGAAUGUAUCUCUACAAAAAGUAUAACCUCAAGAAAAGAGGUUUUAGAAUCCUGUCUCAUUUAGGUUUGACUGUAUCCUACAGUACGUUAAAUAAAAACCGUAAAAGAUUGAGUGAGGAUACCUUACAAGAGAUGGUCAACAUUUCUGAUAAGCUUCUCGGUGAGGAAACUAAAAAUGAAGAACUUCAAAAAGAAGAAGAUAAUAAUGAUUUGAUGGAAGAUGAAAGGUAUGAAGAAAGACCUGAAUUCAGAGAGGUUGUGGAAGACCAACCAAAAUUUAUCUUUUUAGACAAACAGAGCCUGUAUACUGAAGAAAUAAAUCCAUUAAAGGCAAUUGAAAAAGAGGAUAUGGACAUUUACGAAGAAAAUUUAUAUACUCAAGAUCAUAACAUGAAUUCUACAGGAGCCAACUUAGCAUUUGACGAAAGUUUCACCCAAGCAGCAACCAAUCAUAACUGGUUGUUGCCUGAAGUAGGGAAAGGGCAUUAUUUAGAACCUAACCAUGAUAGCAGAGAAAAUAAGCAAACACCAGAAGAUAUGAACAGUAUGUUUACAGAACCUCCCAAGGAAUCUAAUUCUGAAAGUAAAGAUAUUACCAUUCAUAAAGUUUACAUUGCUUGCCCUGUGUCACAAAAUGAACCAACUGUUGAAGAACUUGGAGACAUGAUAACACAUGAUAACAUAGAAUUUGAUGAAGUUGAUAUUGAAAAGACUGAAACCAUAAAUCAAGAUCCAAAAAAUAACAAUUGGGAUCAUGGUUAUAGUUCAUAUUGUUAAACCACCAUAGUCAUUAAUCAUUGAACAUGUACAUGUUGGAAAGUUAAUAAACUAACUGCCUUUUUAUCCAUUGUUUAAUUCUAAUUUUAUUUGGUGACCACUUGUUCAGUAUUCAUAUACAAAUAUUAAACUUUCAGAUAUAGUUUCAA